AUGAAGCGUAACCGCCUUGACGUUGGUGUAGCAAAGGAUCAGUAUGAAGCGUCUCUUCUUGUGCAGGAUACAUUAAAUAAUGACACUUCUUCAUCAUUUCCUCGUGCAUCGAAUCAUGUACUUAAGGCUCGUAAGAUCGUGACUGCUACACCGACGUCUCGUGCACAAGAAGCGACACGACAUCUCAGAGCUCUAAAUCGUGCUUUUGUCACGAAUAUAAAGACGCAGUGGACACAUAAUAAGGAAGGAAAUUGGAUACAAAGUAUGAAAGAAUAUCUGAAUUAUGCGCUUGUGAUUGAGGCCAGUUUUGGUGACCAUACAGGCCAAAUAUUAACAUUUGGUAGUGGGGAUUGUGGUCAAUUGGGUCACGGCGUUGAAGAAGACGAUCUGAUGGUUCCAUAUCCUCGCGUGAUACGCUCUUUAGCAUGUCACAAGAUUCUUCGUGUGGCCUGUGGUGGUCUUCAUUCUGCAGCUAUUACGGAAAUUGGAGAGGUCUACACAUGGGGCUGCAAUGACGAUGGUGCUGUAGGUCGUGAUGGUGAUGAGAAUAUACCGAGUAAAGUGGAAGGAUUUGGACCAAAACAAGCUAUUGCCGUGCAAAUUGUGGGUGGUGACUGUCAUACAACUGUUGUGACGCUAGCUGGAAAGGUCUACACAUGGGGCUGUUACCGUGACAAGGAAGGCAAACAGUGGUGUGAUGCUCCAUCGUCCAAGGCUGCGUUCAAAACAAAACAACUUCGACCGUACUUGAUAAAAUCUCUGGACAAUGUAGUUGAUGUGCGUUGUGGCAGUACGUUUAACCUUGCGCGGACGAACGAUGGGCUUGUGUACUCGUGGGGAUUGGGAGAAAUGGGCCAGCUUGGACGUAAGGUUGAUGCGGAGAUGAAAGAUGCAAAGGAAGACUAUAAGGUUGAUAUGGUGUACUCGGAACACCUGCAACCAAAACUCGUGACGCUAGGAAAGGACCCGCUCCCAGUCGUCAAGUCCAUCGGCUGUGGCUCUUACCACAGUCUGUUUGCUCUAAGCUCAAAUGGAUACCUGUACACAUGCGGACUUAACAACUAUGGACAGCUGGGAAUUGGCAGCACUGAAAACUGUUCCGAAUUGCAACUUGUAGAGAAUCUUUGCUCCGAGAACGUCGCAUUUGUCGACGGGGGAGCCCAUCAUUCGGUCAUUCUUACUAAUGACGGUGACGUAUAUACGUUUGGCCGCGCGGACUCAGGCCAACUUGGUGUGCUUGACACUUGUGCUACUGGCGAGUUUAAGGAUUGUCCACAAAAAGUUGCGAUUCCUACUUCCAAAAACGGUGGCUCGAGUUCCGUUCGCAUGAUUGCUACAGGCUCUAACCACGUGCUGGCGCUAACGGAAAGUGAUGCGAUUUUCUCUUGGGGGUACGGUGAUAUGUUGGCACUAGGUAAUGGGAAAGAGCACGACGAAAACAAGCCGUGCCAGCUGGACUGGUCGAAGGCCAGGUCUGACAAGGACAAGACAUUUGGUAAGGCGGAGAUUUAUCAGAUUGAAGCUGGUGGUCAGCACAGUGCAGUGCUGGCAAGAUCCGUUGAAGACAAGUAG